AUGUCAUCACCGGCUUUGAACGUACCUCUGCUUUUCGGGGGAAAGGCCUGUUGGGGAGCCGUCCCAGUUCAGAUCCGCCACCGCCGGGGGGAGGUGGCUCCGGUCGCGGCGUCGAUCGUGCAGCGGCGACCCGGGGAUGGCGAACGGCGCCGGGAUCUCCAUGCCGGAGGGGCCGUCCCAGUUCCAGAAGGGCAGGGCGAAGGCGUCGUCGUCGAGCAGCCGCGCGCAGAUCCUCUCGAAGAAGUAGAGGUACCACCGGUGGAAGGGGAAGAACAGCCACGACUCGUGGAUCUCGAAUCGCAGGUCCGGGAAGCCGCGUUGGGCGUACGCGCCGUCGCAGUACGCGCAGUGGACGUCGGCCUGCUGCCUGAAGCUGCGGGGGUCGUCCGCCGGGAGCUUCUUCAUCAGCUCGACCGCCUUCGUGUACUUGGCCAGCGCGGCGGCUCCGGCGGCCGUCUGGGCCGCCGAGCGGACGCGGCGGGUGGGGGCGGCGGCGGUGGGAGGGACGAAAUCGGAGACGUCGGAGGAGGACGGAGGCGAGCCGGGGUCGGGGCAGCAGUCGAUGGGGCGGCCGUCGGGCCUCACGGCGUCGCCGCAGUUUACGAAAUCUGGAGACAGCGGUUUUUCGGUUGA